AUGGGAGUUUUUUUUCAGUGGUUAUGUUUCUUCUAUAGUUGGUUGAAAAAUUGUUAAAAAUUGAAUAUUACAUUAUUCAAAAUGAAAAUCAGAAGAUACAAAAAGGUCAACAAAAACCUAAACUAUUACACGAACAAUUUCGGUUUCCGGAAGCCCUAUCAACUAUUAGCAGACGGUACUUUUUGUUUUGCUGCUCUCAAUAACAAAAUCAACAUCGCUGAUGACGUGCCCAAAUAUCUACAAAGCGAAAUAAAACUAGUGACCACACAAUGUGCCAUCCUGGAAAUGGAAAGUUUAGGUCAAAAAUUAGCAGGUGCUCUUUUAAUAUUGAAAAAUUAUAUUGUACAUAAAUGUGGACACGAAGGCAAACCUUUACCAGGCUCCAGAUGUAUCUUAUCAAUGGUCUGCAAAGACAAUCCCAGCCAUUAUAUUGUGUGCACUCAAGAUAGGGAUUUGCAAGAGAAAUUACGAAAUCUAGCUGGAGUUCCUUUGUUAUAUUUGCACUCGAAAACGCCAGUUUUGGAGCCACCAUCUCCAGCAACAGUGAAAAGAGCUGAAGAAAAAAUUUCAGGCCUGGUACAAUCUGAAGUUGAAAAAAUAAAUAAACUAAAAAUGGAAGAAGGUAUUAAGAUAGAGGAGCAAAAAUUUAAAAAACGAAAGAAGAAAGGUGCAAAUCCACUUUCAUGCAAAAAGAAGCAAAAGAAAACUCAAAAUAGUCCCAUACAGAAAAAAGAAUCUAGGCCUGAAAUGGAAAAAAAGAAAAGGAAAAAGGUUAGAAUACCACAGCAUGUAAAAGAGGAGAUAUUGAAAAGGACUUUUAAUAAAAUAAAUGAAGGGGCUAAUAUCUAAUUUUUGUUGGUUGUUGUAAUAACUACUUCUAGUGACUUUAAUAAAAGAGUGGAUAGGCUUAUACUUUCGAGAUUGGUUUAUUUUGCUUUUUUUCAUAACUAUUAUCUAUAAUUUCAUGUUUCUCACAUGAUGGCCGAACAGGAAAAGAGGAGCCUUGCACCCUCACAUUCAUUGAUAGCUAUGGAUAAUUAUCGUGCAUGGCCAAGGAAGGCCAUGCUACGAGGUACGUCUGUUAAUAACUGACUGUGAAUAAUGUUGUAAUGCCAGUUGUAAAUGAAAAUCUUUCAGUUAUAUUUUAUUUUUAUUUUUCUUGUUUAUAUUAUAUUCACUGUGGUUACACAGAUUUCUAAAAUCUACUACUAUACAUGUUUCUUACAAUUUUCAAUCUACUUCCAUCUUACAAUCAACUGCUACUACACUUUAAUAGACCCGUUAAUAAAUUAUUAAAAUUACUACUAUAGGAUAAUAUACAUUAUAAUAGUUCUAAAUACAUCUCGUUAUAUAUGUUUUAAUGUACAAUAACAUCACAUAAAAAUCAUGUAAAAUUAUACCAAAAAAUCACAAUUCAGUCAUAAAUGAGCGAGUGUUCGUGGAUAUUUUAUUCCAUCAUUAUAAUAUGCAUUUUUGAAAAAUCAUUUACUGGAAUAUUUUAGCUACUUUUCAUGGUGCCAAUAAAUCUUAUGCAAUUUGUUUGUCACGCAGGCAAAAUAUAGGAAAUUGUAUAAUUAAAAUUACUUGGUGUCAUAUUCACUGUAAAAAACUCUAGAGAAAGGUUUAAAUCCAGUAUUUUUGCUUUUUAGAAAUUAUUCUGGAUAUAAACAAUUCGUAUAGAAAAACAAUCAACAGUCUUUCAGUUGUAUUGUCAGAAAUUCAAGACAAAGGAAACAUUUUUCGUUAAAUUGUUUUUAUAAAAAAAAACCUAAUUGCUAUUUAUUACAAAAAUUUAAAGCUUUUUAGUUAAUUACACUAUUCAUUAACUUUUUCCCUAUCGAAAAUCGAGUUUUAUAGUUCCAGAAGACAUAAUAAAUCAAAAAAUAAAUAAUUGGAACUUGUGUUGAAGCCUCUGAUUGGUAUUGACUUAAUGAUGUGACGAAUAGUAGUUUGGCCGAAUAACCGAAUACCAAAUAUUUGGCUGAAUUUGAACCGAAUAUUCGGCCGAAUACCGAAUAGUUAUUAAAGCAUGUCAGAGUUCAAAUAUUAUAGUGAAAUAGCCUUUUUUAAUAAGGAAUUUGAUCACUCCAAUCGCAAAAACGAUAUUGCAAUUGAGUUAGUUAGUUAUCGGGUGAAAUUUUAAACAAAAACCAUUGUCCAUUUUCUUGGUAUGGAAGAAAUACUGUUUAAAAUAUCCAAAAAUGAGGAAAUAUAAAUGUGAAUGACUAAGACAGAACACUGCUCCCCUGUUUCGAGAAUAAGGGCCCAGAAGUUUGUAUUUUAAUUUUUUUUUUCGAAUUGAUAUUAAUUAAAAAUACCUAUGUAAAAAUUCAGUAAAAUAUCCAAACAUGAAAUAUUCGGUAUUGAAAAUCCAAUAUUCGGCCGAAUAGCGAAAAUAACGCCGAAUAGGCCAAAUACCGAAUAAUUAUUCGGCUUCGGUCACAUCUCUAGUAUUGACUGAUUUUUAAUUUAUUUUAUAUUUAUCAUUAAUAAAAAUUCUUGUAAUUUGAUUUAUUUUAAAGUCUUCUGUACCUACAUGCAAAAUGUUUGAUAUGUUAAACUCAUAAUCACUAAACCAUUUUGCAAUAAUUAAUUGUAAUAUGCAUAUUCUACAUUUAUUUGUAUUGACUACAAAAUUACAACUAGAUUUUUAUUCAAUGGUUUUACAAAAGUGGUCCGAUUUUUGCUGAAGGCUCCCAAUAUUUUUUGUAUGAAUUAAUUUUUGAUUUAAAUUGGUUUAUAUAUUGAUCAAUGCGUUAUGGUUGAAAAUUGGGAAAAUAAAAUUAAUCACCUAUAUUUCUUUACAAAUGCCUAUAGGUACUCUUAAGUUAUUUUACUCAUCAACAGUUAUUUAACUUCAGUGUGAUUUAUAAAAUUUAUUUUUGGGCUCCAAAUCAACUUCUAAUUUACUUUACUAUAUAGAAGAGACCUUAAUUUACAAAUCCUGAAAGUUUGAAGUCAGUGUUUAAAAAAAAAUCAAACAGCAACAUGGAAAAAAAUUCCAAAUUUAUUUCCAGGCCCCAAAUCCACUUUUGAUUUACUUUACUGUAAUAAUUCACAAAUCCUGAAAGUUUAAAGCUACUAUCAUAAUGGAAAGAAUAAUUUUCCAUAUGUGAUUUUAGGAGAUUAUUCAAAUAUAUUGUGGAGCCCAAUUCUACUUUUCAUCUACUAUUACUUUUCAUCUACUAUUACUUUAUAGAAGAGACAUUAAUAAUUUAUAAAUCCUGAAAAUUUUAAGUCACUGUGAUGUAGGAAAGUAUUCCUCAAAGUAGACUCAAUAACUGUUGAUGAGAAAUCUAGAUCAAUUCAAUUUGUAAAGCUCACAAGGAACUGAUUCAAAAAAUAUAGAUUAUAGAGGUAAAGUGAAUAAAGUGAUCAUUUUCUGUGUGAAAAAUAUAUGUUUUUGACUUUUCCUACAUUUAUAAUUAUUACACUAGGUUUUAUAACAAAAAAAAUAUAAAAGCAUAGAUGGCAUUUUCUAGUUUUUAGCGAAUCACUAAUCAAUAUAAUCCCUUGGCAGUGCUGAAACCGUGGUGUUAAUAUAAUAAUAAUUAUUCCCAAAGUGCUUUUCGAGGCAGUGUUUUUUGCUAAUUAGUAAAUGUUUUUUUUUAAUCUGCCUAUAAACGGGCUUUUUAUAGAAAGAAAAAUAUAACUUUUAUAUUUUUACAUAAUUCGUUUUUGCAAGCUGCCUAUAAUAAUCUAACGAAUAUAAAUCUAACAGCAUUAAUAUCACAUAAAAUAAUUUGUUUUAGCAGCAUCUUAAUUGUUAUUAAUACUAAACCUCAGAUUCGCUUUUAACAUUACAAUAUUUCUCGGCCAUCACUGUCAGUACUUGUUCGAACUUGCAAUGCCUUUCUGGACCGUUUGCGCAAGCACCUCUACUUCCCCACAAAAAUUUCAAAUGAAAUUCCGUCCUGAACAUGUCCAGCGUUAAUUCGUCCAUUCUAGCUUCUCCCAAAACGAUUUCGGCAUUUCUUUGGUACAUGUGGCGCAUCUCCAUAUACUUCCUGGCCGAUUGUAGAUGAUUCAGAAGAGUGGCGAGGCCAAAAUCUUGCGUGCUAGAUUCCCAAAGGCUCAAGCAGCUGCCGGCCAAUUGACUUUGACCGGUGGGAUUGAGGAAAUCUUGCAAGUCGCGUUCCAAAAGUAGAAUCAAAGGUAGCAGAUGUGGUAUUGUGGUGUUUGGAGCUUGCGGAUUUGAGCAACUGUUCAUAUUUUUCAGAGUCGGCCGGAGUUUGGCUUCGAAAUUGAAGGCAGAAUCGGUGUAUUUUUGACGGAGCAUGUGCCACGUACUAUCUAG